AUGUUCGGGUUCCCAAUGGCCCUGCUGGUCGUCAGCCUCAUCGCCGGACGGAUGAUGGUUGUCGCUGAUGCUUUGAUGAUUCAAGUAAACUGCUCUACUGUUCCAAACGAGCUGUCCGAACUGGAAGCGGCGAAGGUCGCUGAACUGAUGCUCAGCAAAAAGUUUUCCCUGAUGAUCGAGUUCGUUCAGCUGAUGCACACCAGAGGCACGUUGUUUUCCGUGUUCGCCGGCAAAAACAAAGUUUUCGAACUGUACAGCACUGGACUGAAAGGUUGGUAA